AUUUGGUUGGGAUGCUGUGUCGUUGUUGUCGAAUGUUAAUUGAGGAAUUGAGUUGCAGAAACAUAAAUGGAUUUGGAUUCAGUGAAGAGAUUAUUAGAGAGAGAGGGAGAGGAGACUGAAAGUGCUUCGAUCGAUGCAGUGCCCAACAAACUUCCGUUUUUUGACCGUUUUAUUUUGCAAGGAAUUCAGCUCGAUGUCAUCGAACCAGGUCGACUUGUCUGCUCCAUGAAAGUCCCUCGUAGCCUUGUGAACUCUGAUAACUUCCUGCACGGCGGGGUGACGGGAACGCUGGUAGACAUAGUUGGGGCAUUAACAAUGGAAACUGUUGGAGCUCAUGAAACCGGUGUUUCUGUUGAAAUUAAUAUCACCUACUUGGAUGCUGCAUUUCCGGAUGAAGAAAUUGAAGUUGUGGGGGAAGUGUUACGUGUUGGGAAGGCAAUUGGAGUCGUCAGUGUUGAGUUGAGGAAUAAGAAGACUGGGAAGAUAUUUGCACAGGGACGUCACACUAAGUAUCCUGUUGCAUCUAGUAAAUUAUAAGGAUCCUAUAACCUUAUCCAUUAAAUGUUCAAAAACUAUUAUCUUCACAUCUUCAGUCUGUAGGAAGGAGUAAAGCCAAAGCAGCUUAAUUGAGGGCCUCUAUUGUUGUAUAUCUUUGUGGCACAAAUUCUUAUUUCAGUCAUUAUAAGGGCUAUGUGGUACGCCACUCUCAGCUUUAA